AUGUCUGAUUAUAAUUUAUUCAAGAAAAUGAAGCUUUCCGAGUUCGUCGAAUGGAGCACCAAUCAACUAAAGACCAAAUAUCUCCCGACUCCACCGGCUUCUCCCGAACUCCACCCGUCGGUGCAAAUGGCGCUUAACCCUCCGCCACAGAAGGGCUUUCACAGCGAUUCGUCCACGACCAAGACUUCAGAGCAUGUAUUCCAAAAUGACUCUAAAAACGGACGACCAACUCUUGCCGAGCUCGAUUCUCAGGGUAACCCUGCUAGCGACACUACCUUCGACAACGUGCCUCAAACUCCCCCCACUGGACGACUAUCCGUGACAAUUUUCGCAGGUCGCAAACUUAAUGUCAAUAGCGUCCACGCCAAACCCUAUUGCGUUGUACAAUUCGAGAAAAAUGAAUCCAUCACUCAAGACGCAACAAGAGAGGGGGCUUUACCCCUACAGAGGGGGGGGCAAAUCGGUGGAUUUCUUAGAUUUAGUGCAUGCGGCUACGAGUCCCGUAUGGAACCAGACUGUAACCUUGUCGUACUCAGUCGUGACGUCUCUCGCUUAGAUGAAGAGGUCCACGUGUAUGUAUAUGAACGCGUUCAGAACGAUCAAUCCAACGAAAUCUUUUUAGGCUAUUUGACAAUCAAACCACCGAGAAGAAAUAAUGAAGUCAUUGACGGUUGGUUCAAGUUAAUGCCACGCGGCAAGGAUGUUGUUUCAGGUGAAAUGCACGUUAAAGUAGCAUAUCAGGCCGUGGCGAAAACUCAUCUUACUCCCGAUUCGUUUGAGAUCUUGAAGCUUAUUGGUAGAGGAAACUUUGGACGGGUAUUCCAAGUCCGCAAGAAAGACACCAACCGUAUCUAUGCUAUGAAGGUUCUCCAUAAACAAGACCUUAUAGAACGUCGCGAAGUUCAACAUACACUGGCAGAAAAGAAUAUUCUUAUUCAAGCGGAGGCUUGCCCAUUCCUCGUAGGCUUGAAAUUCUCCUUCCAGACAAAAACGCAUCUUUAUUUGGUAACUGAUUUCAUGAACGGAGGAGAAUUGUUUUGGCAUUUGCAGAAUGAAGUAACGUACCAAAAAAAGGGGGAUGUAAUAGGAAAAGGAGAUGUAAUAGAUGUAAUAGAUGUAAUAGGGGAAGAGGGGAAAGGGAGAGAUCUAAAACCUGAAAAUAUUCUUCUCGAUGCUACUGGUCACAUCGCUUUAUGCGAUUUUGGUCUUUGCAAAGAAAAUCUUGGUGCUGGUCAAACGACGAAUACUUUCUGUGGUACAUCAGAGUAUCUGGCGCCUGAGGUCCUCGCUGAGUGUGGGUACGGCAAGUCCGUUGACUGGUGGAGUCUCGGAAUUCUUUUCUAUGAAAUGAUCGCUGGCUUCAGUCCGUUCUAUACCCACGACACUCAGAUGAUGUAUAGAAGAAUCCUGUUCGGCAAACUCAAGUUCCCCAAAGGGCUAUUCAGUGAUGAUGCCAAGAGCCUUAUCAAGGGUCUCCUUGCUCGCAAUCCAGGUCAUCGUCUCGGCACACAUCACGAUGCAGAAGAAAUCAAGAAUCAUCCGUUCUUUGCCUCGAUAGACUGGGAGGCACUCUGUAAUAAGCAAGUAUCUCCACCAUUCAAACCAAAUGUCUCUUCUGACGACGAUACAUCGUGCUUUGAUCCUGCUUUCACCGAAGAAGAGACUACAAUCGAUUGGCCGACUAUAUCGAAAACUCUCAGUCGUAAUGGGACCAACGCGAGCGAAGUGUUUAGUGGAUUUACAUAUUCAGGCGAAACUGUUGUCGGUAUUGGACGCGAGUCUGCCACUCUCACAAAUUCUGGUAAUUGA